AUUCACGGUUUCUGAUAUCGCUCGCUUUCACGUUUAUUUUUAAAAGAAAGGGAGUUGAAGGGUGUUUUCGUCUUUUAACAUAACCAUCGGGUCAAUAACGGAGAUUUCACCUAGCCGGUGACCUUAUCCCCUCGCCGGUGAACGAAUCUCAGAUCCAAAACAAUUUGGCAUAAAAUUCCUCAGAUUCUCUGAAAAAUUCAAGCUAAGCGAUGGAGGAAGACGACGAGAUUCAGUCGAUUCAUUCUCCGGGAGAUUCUUCCCUUUCACCACAAGCUCCUCCCUCUCCGCCGAUUUUGCCGACAAACGACGUUACCGUCGCCGUUGUGAAGAAACCGACGGCUGCUUCUGUUUCGUCUCAGUCUCCGUCGAGGAACGCUUUAGCGUUAGUGGUUCAUACUCCUGCUGUAACCGGUGGUGGUGGUAGCGGUAACAGAAACGGACGAGGAGGAAGCGGUGGUGGCGGCGGCGGAAGAGACGAUUGUUGGAGCGAAGAAGCUACAAAGGUUCUAAUCGACGCUUGGGGAGAUCGGUUCUCUGAGCCAGGUAAAGGAACAUUGAAGCAACAGCAUUGGAAAGAAGUAGCUGAGAUUGUGAACAAGUCUCGUCAAUGCAAAUACCCUAAAACUGAUAUACAGUGUAAGAACAGGAUUGAUACUGUCAAGAAGAAGUAUAAGCAAGAGAAGGCUAACCGUUCGCAUCUGUUUAAACGGCAAGCUAAAGGGACGCAGAUUCUUCAACACCAAGGAGGAGGAGGAAGGGAUUUGAAGAGAGGUUCUGAUUCCAUGCGUUGGCAUUUUAGGAAACGAAGUGCUUCUGAGACUGAGUCUGAGUCUGAUCCUGAACCUGAGGCUUCACCUGAUUCUGCUGAGAGUUUGCCACCGCCUCAACCUGUUUCGUAUCAGCUGCCAAAGCGGUUGAAGGUGGAUAAGAGUGAAGGGAGUGGAGUUGGAGAUGUGGCGAGGGCGAUACUUGGAUUCACGGAAGCUUAUGAGAAAGCUGAGACUGCUAAGCUUAAGCUAAUGGUGGAGUUGGAAAAGGAGAGGAUGAAGUUCGCUAAAGAGAUGGAAUUGCAGAGAAUGCAGUUCUUGAAAACUCAGUUGGAGAUAACACAGAGCAAUCAAGAAGAGGAAGAGAGGAGCAGGCAGCGAGGAGAUAGAAGGAUCGUUGAUGAUGAUGAUGAUGAUGAUGAUGAUGGCAAUGUCAAGAAUAACGGCAAUGUAAGUAGCUGACAAACAGUUGAAACACAAAAUGUUCCUAUUGAUAUUUGCUAUGAUAAAAAGCUGUCUAGAUUGCUGGACUUAGGAUUUCAUGUUGGUGUUCUUGUUGUUGUUGCUGCCUUGUGGGAUGUGUAAAUGUAGUUAAGUUAUUAUGACUCUGAUCAUUAUCACCAUGUUGUUGUUAUCAUCGUUGUUGUUGUUAUCCGUCUUGGCUGAAAUAUGGGCAAAUUAAAAAAACGUUUGAACUUGAAUAUC